UUGCCCUCAGUGGAGAUGGCGGAGCGCAGCGCCGAGAGGGCGUGGUGUGCCGGUGGCUGCGGUGAGGAUGCACCCCAAUGACACACAGCAACGAGUUCUCAUGUACAGUUUGAAUAAUCAGCUCCAUACUUGGCUUCUCUUCAGAACUCACGGUUUUUGCCAAUACUUCUAAUCUAACACUUCACCAGAGGCACUUCUGAGAGUUUCUCAGUGUUUUUUUACCACAUAAACAGGGGUCAUAGGGCACUGCUGCUAUGUCCUGGGUACAAGUUGCAAUCAGCCAAUGCAAUGAGGAUAUAUUUGAUGAAGAUGCAGAUGAGAUGUAUCUACUACAGAAGGAAUGGAACAGCACUAUGAAAAAGAGAUUGAAGGAAGGCUAUAGGGAUGGAAUUGAGGCCGGGAAAGAGCUUGCACUUCAGACAGGCUUUAAUCAAGGUUACAAACGAGGUGCUGAGGUGAUGAUUACAUGUGGCCAGUUCAAAGGAACCCUGAAUGCUCUCCUAUCCUGGUGUCAUUUUAAUGGACAUGAAUCUGCUUUAAGUAUGAUAAAUAAUCUUCUUGAUGUGAUUGGAAAGCAUGAAGAUGAUGUGCUUAAGUAUCUGAAUUCUACUGAAGAGCAGCAACAGCCACAUCUUGGACACAUUUUAGACUCAGUUCAGGACAUGGACCUUAAUCACACAGCUGGGACAGAGUACAAUGAAGUUACAGAUGGAAAAUACGAAGGCUGUGGCAGCUUCAGUGAAAACAUUUGUAGGAAUAAUGGUGAGGUUGGUUCCUUGCAGUCUGAGUGCAGCAAGGCAAACCUCUGCACAGAUCCUGAAAAGUCAACCCUUGCUUGGGUUAAAAAGCAGACUGUUUGGUUAGUAGAGCAACUGGGAUUAUCACUGGAUGUACUUCAUCAUGUCCAGCAACUGGAACAUUAGUUUUUCUGUCUCAUGGUACUUAAAACUAUCACAGCUGGUUUCGAUUCUUAGUUUGUGAUCCAUGUACAGGCUGAUGUAUCACUUUUGUUUUAGGAAAAUAUGAUUUUGAUGCUUUACAGUAGAAGUAAUUUUUGUAAAAUCUUCAUCAUGACUUUGGCUCCUGGCAAAACCCUUCGCUUUCAAUCUUAAAGGUAACAUUCACAGAAAGGGGCAAUGACUUUAAAGCUUUACAAAGAGGUUAGUAAACAUGUUUCUGUUUUGUGUCAGGGCCUCCCAUCUCAUACUCAUUUUUUUCUUGCCAUCGGUUUGGAAAUGAAAUGGGUCCAUUAAAUACCCCUUCUAAAUUGGUCCCCUCCAGUAAGAGUAGAAUAAAUGCUCAGUGCUAUGGAAAGGGUCAGUGUUUUUGCAGAAUAAGAUGCUGUUGAUAUGCUGUGUGCAAAAUAGAACAUGAUAUGCUGCUUUUUCCUGGAAUGCUGUGACUCUCUAGUCACCUUUUGUCAAAUUCAUUGUAUUUACCCAUGAUGCAAUGCACUUUCACUGAUAAAAACUAUUUUUCCACCUUAUAUAGCUUAUACAUUUGUGACUUUUGCUGAAAAUACACCAUUUUCUUCAGAUUCAGAAUUGCUGACAAUCCCAUUGUUUUACUCUUAGACAUCUACUCUUAUGUCAGACCACACUAAGCAUGCUUCCAGUCUAAUGAACAUCCUUGUGUCAUUUUUGUAUUUAUUUUGUCAGUUCAUCUAGCCUGAACUCUUUCCCACAUUCCAAUAAUGUUUUUUUCAAACUCUUCAAGGAAGCCAAGCUUAUUCACUACCUCUUAGAAACACAUCAGCCACACAUGCCUAUUUUUGAUUAUUUCGUAUUUUGGUAACUAUUCUAUAUUUGAUUUACUUGCUCAUUUGCUUCCCUUAACUGUAGCUGUAAAUUGCUCAGGAAGUUUUUUAUUUGUGAAUGCCUCUGUUUUACAUUAAUUAAACUGAUUUAUAGUAAGUUACCAGUUUACUUGUUGGGAGUUUCUUGAAUUGCCUUCAUAUUGGAGACAAAGAAAGUCUAGACAUAGGCAAAGUAAGAUUUUGAAGAGUAAACUAUAAUUUAAUAAAAAAGUCACAAAACCAUUUCAUACCUUGGGGCAAGAAGAAUUCUAAGGCAAAAAUUCCUUGUUUUUCAGAUCCUUGAGUUUACAAAAUUCUUACUAAAGACUGUUAUCCUGUCAGAGUUGACAGACUGUAAGUUUGGUUUCCUUUCAGUACCACUCUGCUUUACGGGUAAGCAGAACUGCAGGUCAGAGUCUUGCAUUUAAUGGAUUUAUGAAAUAGUGGACAAAGAGGGGCGUCUGCAUUAAUUGUGUGUAUACAAAAAUCGUUCAAGUAACUUUUUCUCAAUUUAUUUAGCAUAAUUUUAACAUGGAUAAACAUUACUUUUCUUCAAAUGCCUGUGUGUCAUAGACUGUAUCAUGUAUGUUAGACAGAUUUUUUCCAUAUUCUGGUAGAAAAGGAUGCAGUGUUGGAAGUUAUAUAACUUUCCUAACUAAUUUUUAAUUAGUUGUUUUAAUUAAUUGUAAGCAGUACCCACUUAUAGCCAACACCAGUAGAGUUUCUUCACAUACCUACUUUGAUCAUUAAAACACCGAAACCUUAAGUUUGUUAAAAUUAAACCUGACAAUCUUGAAUAAACAAAGCCAAAGGAAUUUGAAGAUGGGGCAUCUGGGAUGUUACAUUUAUGGCUAUUCAGAGACAUUAGAGUAACCAGAAGAUAUAGAAGAAAUUAAGGCCUGAGAAGUUGGAGACUCUCUG